UUUCUUCAAUUAUUCCCAGCUUCAUACCGGCAGACGGUCUGCAAUAUGCUAUUUUUCUCUUUGUUGCUAGCAUCGUCGGCACAUGCAGUGCCUGUGACACACGACUCCCAGGUGCCCAUCAUACCACAAGAUCAUUCUCAAGGCUACAAAUUCGAUCCUCUCCUUCAUCUACCUGGAAUAAGUCCAUACUUUGACGCCAUAGGCUUCGGGCUCGAGCACAAAGCCCCUGAUAAUUGCAAGGUCACAUCGGCUUCGUAUUUAAUCCGCCAUGGCGCUAUCUACUCCAACGACGCAGAGUAUGAAGAAUUCAUCAAACCAUUCCUACAGAAACUGGAGAAAAAUAGGAAGGGAUGGUCAGGUCCGCUCGAAUUCUUCGGGAAAUGGCAGUCUCCGGUCGAAGAAGACAAGCUCGAGGAACUUACGCCAUCAGGGGCGGUAGACGCCGAAAAGGUCGGGAAGCAUCUGAGAGAGCGAUAUCCGGAGCUUGCACCAAAUGUGCGACGCGUUCUCGCCGAUAAAAAGUCUCGCACAUACGACACUGCGAAAAAUAUGAUGAAGGCAUUCUCGGAAACCGACAGCAUUGAAAUCGUCCGAGUUCUCAAGAACGAAACUGGCGCCAUGGAACCAUUGAUUCCGCACAAGGCUUGCGAUGCUUUUAACAAGGAACCUGGUAAACAAGAACAAUCGGAAUUCAUCGAAACAUACGCACCAAGCGUAUCACUGCGCCUUGAGCCUUUCACACCGUUUGAGCUUGAACCCAAAGAUAUCGUAGGCAUGCAAAUGUUGUGUGGAUAUGAAAGCGCAAUCAACGGCAAACGUUCUGAAAUCUGCGGUAUUUUCACAGACGCUGAAUGGAUGGCUUAUGAGUACGCAUGGGAUCUCAAGUACGCGUACAUGGUGGGCCCUCUCAACCCACUAUCGCCAUAUCUUGGGUUUCCAUGGCUUCAGGCUCAAGCUCAUCUAUUCCAACACAUCCAGACACACGAUACGCCGGGCGGUGGCUGGCCUGAUGACCAGCGGUUCUUCUUAUCCUUCACACAUAGAGAGGUCCCACCUUUCAUUGCCACGGCGUUGGGGCUCUUCAAUUCGAGCUCUGAAGCACAGGAACAAUUUCCCACUGAUCAUAUCAACUGGACACGCGCUUGGAGAAUGUCUGAUCUCAUACCGUUCCUUGGUCAUGUGGGGAUGGAAAAGAUGACUUGUGAGAGAGGGGCGCUUUCUGGUGAUGGAUCGGGACAGUUCAUUCGCUUCAUUGCGAACACGGCUCCCAGGCCCAUCCCGAACUGCCAGAGUGGACCGGGCGCAAGCUGUCCGAUUGAAACCUUCAACGAGAUUAUUGGAGAUGGAGCGAAGAAACACGAAGAUUUUCAUCAAGUUUGCGACAUGAAAGAAUAG